AUGGGCCUGCAGUCUUUAAUGCAUCAAAAUAUACAUAUUUCAAUUGUAAAUAUUCAGUUUCCAGAACUCCACGAUUUCAUACAUGGAGAAGAGAAUAAUAAAUUCAGUAACACUAUGGGUGAGAGUAUUAUUGUGAGUGUUAAAGAAACGGAAGCCGAAACCUGUGCUCUCUUACAAAAGGUAUGUGAUGAUGGACCAUGUGCUGAAAUAUUAGCAAAAGAAGUUCAUAGAGAAAUAACUCACGAAGACAUUGAAAAUAGCACUAGUCAUGACUUUCCAACAUUUGAGAUAGAAAAUAUGAAGGAUAUGGCUAUAUGGAUUGAUCCGAUAGAUGCAACUUUAGAAUAUAUAAGAGGAGAUCAAAAAGAGAGCAGUUUAAAAGGAGUAUUAUCAAAUGGUUUAAUUUGUGCGACUGUUCUGAUCGGUGUCUAUAGUCAGAAGACAGGUGAACCGAUACUUGGAAUUAUAAAUCAACCUUUCCAUACCUUAUCCAAUGAAAGGUAUACCAGCAAGAUUUAUUGGGAAGGAUCAACAUACAAAUGGGACACAUGUGGGCCCCAUGCCAUAUUAAGAGCUAUGGGAGGUGGAAUUAUACAGUUUGCACCAACAGUAUCACAAAGUAUGGACUCAGAAAUACCAAAUGAUCUAUGCAUCACAUACAAUAAGGAAAAUAAAAUUCAAACGGAUUAA